GGAACGCCUUUCAUGAUAAACGUGAAGGACAAAAACGCUGGUGACUCUAACGAUGCCCUCAUCGAUGUCUUUAACACCACCCUCACGACUCCCUUGACAACAAACACAACUGCUGGGGUACCGCUGACGCUGAGUGGCACGAGGAUGAGAACUGUGUUAGUGUUAGACGUCAGCGUUGGCUGCACCCCCAACUACUACGGCAACGACUGCUCCAUCAACUGCACCACCACCUACAUCAAUUCCUACUGCGACCACACGACUGGGACCAUCCGCUGCAACCAAGGUUGGCAUGGAGACAAGUGUGAAGAGGACAUAGACGAGUGCUCCCCCACACAACUGAAUCAAGUAUGUCCGGGUAACAGCACAUGCGCAAACACCGCCGGAAGUUACACCUGUACCUGCAACGAUGGCUGGACAGGAUCGUCAUGUGACACAUUCCAAUCGUUGUGUACAAGUAACCCAUGCAGAAACAAUGGCACCUGUGUCAGUAGCUCACCCACCUUAUCCUGUCGGUGUUCUAAAGGGUGGUCUGGACCCACCUGUGAGACGUAUAGCCCUGGGUGCGAACCCAACCCGUGUUACAAUGGGGGUAGAUGUGAGGUGACAUCGGGGAAAGUUGUGUGUGGGUGUCCGGCCAGCUGGACGGGCGACAACUGUACAGAAGAUGUUAACGAGUGUAAACUACAGCCUUGUGCCAAUGGUGGAACGUGCAACAACGAAAAGGGUGGAUUCAACUGUACCUGCCCAGCAAAGUGGGUGGGUGAACGAUGUACGGACCUAAACCCCGUGUGUCCCCCAAGGCAGUGUAUGAAUGGGGCUACUUGUAUAAACCAGAUAGAUAUGUACGUCUGCGCAUGCCCGGAUGGUUGGACAGGGACCACGUGUCAAACAGUACUUGACAGAUGUUCCUCCAACCCGUGUCAGAACGGUGGCAGCUGUGUCCACAAUGACACGACGUUUAAAUGUGAGUGUGGCCAUGAAUGGCGUGGGGCUCUCUGUACGGAGUCCAAUGAUCCGUGCAUUCUCUACCCAUGUCAGAACGGUGGUACUUGUUUAAGAGCUGAUGAAACUAAUUCAACCUGCCAAUGCGCUCCUGGCUGGUCGGGACUUAAGUGUGAAACCUUCAUUGGUUUUUGUCGCAGCAACCCAUGUCUCAACAACGGCACAUGUUUUGACGGUACACACACCUAUCAGUGCGACUGUGGGCCGUCAUGGCAUGGAGAUCACUGUGAGCAAGACACCGAUGAAUGUGAGGCAGGUGCUUGUGAGAAUGGCGCGACAUGUGUGAACACCGUUGGAGGAUACAUCUGCAACUGUUCUGGAGGGUGGACGGGAUCGAACUGUUCAACAGAUGUACAGGAAUGCGGAUCCAACCCAUGUCUGAACCAAGGCUUCUGUGUCAACACGCUAGGCAGCUUUCACUGCAUCUGUAACCUGCAUUGGUCGGGAAACACGUGCGAACAUUUCAAAGGAUCGUGUACCGAGGGUUCGUGUAACAACGCGGGCACCUGUCAGAGCAACGAGACAGAUUCCUGGUGUGUCUGCCCUUCUGGCUGGACCGGGGCACACUGUGAACAAGACGUCGAUGAGUGUAAAGCGAACAUAUGCGAUCAUUCUACAGUAUGCACAAACAACAACGGCAGCUUCGAAUGCGAGUGCAUUGAUGGCUGGAGUGGACAGAAGUGUGAUCAGGACAUUGAUGAAUGUUUUCUUGGAAUGUGCGCUCAUGGUAGUUCGUGUUCCAACUAUGACGGUGGGUAUAACUGCAGCUGUAUGCCGGGAUGGAAGGGGACGACCUGCCAGUACAGGCAGGAUGCCUGUGCACCACCGAGUCCAUGCAUCAAUGGUGGAACCUGCUCCAACACUGACCAGGGCUACCGAUGUCAGUGCCCGGGUGGGUAUACCGGACAACAGUGCCAGGCACAAAUUGAUGAAUGUGCUGCCGGACCUUGUCAGAACAAUGCCACGUGUGUCGACAUUCCUGGAGGGUACAAUUGUACUUGCAACUCCUACUGGAAGGGUCACCACUGCGGCACGGACGUCGAUGAGUGCGUCUCGCCCCAGUGUCUCAACAACGGCACAUGUGUCAAUUACGAUGGUGGAUUCCGAUGUGCUUGUCCUGGAAAUUGGACAGGAAGUGUUUGUGGAGAUUUCGUUAAUAAUUGCAGCUGGAAACCAUGUUUAAAUGGGGGUAGUUGCACUGACCACAUAUAUGGGUACAGCUGCUCCUGUGCCUACGGGUGGACCGGUCAGCGAUGCGAUGUGGCUGUGGACCCUUGUGCAAACAGUCAGUGUGGUCAGGGGUCAACCUGUUUGUUCGCGGAUGGUCAAGUCACGUGUGUCUGUGCUUCUGGAUUGACUGGCCCACAAUGUUCCAGCACGAUAGACCCAUGCUGGUCUUCUCCGUGCUCCAACAAUGGGACAUGUGCCGUAGCUGACACAGCCGUGAUCUGUGUCUGUGUCCAUCCUUGGUCUGGCGCCCACUGUGACGUCAAUAUGUCUGAAGCUGCACAUGCGUCUUCAUCAACUACAGUUUCAUCGUCCAAAGGGACAUCAACAAGGUCGACAUCGUCUACACUGAGGUAUACGAAAACUACGUUUUCAUCAACAGGACCUAGUAUUCCCUUUUCUGAAAAGCACAGCACCGCGUCCAGCACCACGUCUUCUAAACGCAGACCAACCAUCCAGACUACACGGUCAAUAUCUUUAACUACUACUCCACACGCUACGACGGCAACGUCAACAACAACGAGAUCAACAACGACAACAUCAGUGCCACUCAGUCAUUCAACGAUGAAAAUCAGAAACACAAGUCCAACAAAUAUCCAACCCAAACAAACAGUCAGACAAACAAAUAAACGCAUGGGCGAGACAAACACAAGUCCACCUAACGUGCUUACAACAAACCCGUCAGGUGUUUAUACCCUUCACUUCAAGACGGCGUUGUCAGCGGCAGAUGGCCAAGAUAUUGUUGCGAGUUUAACCAACUUCUUCAACGACCACAUGUGCCACGACGACCACAUCCGUCUCACACCUCAGUCUCACACGUUUAAGGAUGCCGUUUCGUUCAGUGUUCAAUGUGGCGAUAAACAGACAUCCACCAGUGACAUACAGAAAGCAAUUACUUCCGUCACAGCCGCAGACUUUCAGAAACUGUUUUCCAAACAACUUGUGUCAGAAAAUACAGGAAGCAAUGAAAAUACAUCAAAGAAGACAGUAAUCAUAUCAGUGUCUGUAUCAGUGGGAGUUGUCGGAGUCGCUGCCGUCGUCAUCACCAUCAUCUACUGCAGGCGACGGCGGGGGACAGCAGCAAGAGAUUACGUGUACGUGACUGAGGAAACCAAGAUGAAUUUCUGCAACCCCUCUUAUGGACAUAUGUCAGACAUCUGAAGAUUGGAUAUGAGUAAUAUCUUGUGAAUAAAAUAUCAUUUAUACACUUGA